AUGGGACAAAAUAAUUGUACUCCUAACAUACCUGGAUUGGAAAAUUGUUAUGCAAGAUAAGAGUAAACAGAUGAAAAUAAAUAUCCUUAUUUAGUAGCUAAUAAACAUAGAUUGGCAGAAUCAUAAAAUUCAUAAAUUUUUGAAUUAUAUCAAAAAUAACAAGAUCAACUUAGAUGUUAUUUAUAGACUUCUCGUUAACUCUCUUAAUCUACUAGACGUAAUUAUGAAUUUGAAGGACGUUUUCUUAAACUUCCAUCACAUCUCAUAUGUCACAUUAUGUAUUUUGUUAUUGAUGAUUAUCUCAACUUAUUAUUAGUUAAUACUUUAUGGUAUACAAGAUUAAAUGAAGCUUUUUCAAAAACUGUUAGUAUAGUUGAUGAAAAAUUUUAAUAAUCACAUUCCUUUUUAAAAUUAAAGUAAUCAAAAAAUGCUUUUUAAACUUUUCAAUUUGGAAGACAAUAAGGUUUCAGAUUAGAUAGAUGUCUAAUUGCAGAAAUCACUCCUGGAAUUGAAAGUAGUAUCUAAUAUUUAUUUGAGAUUCGAUUGUUAAAAUAUCAUACAACUACCUCUGUAAAGGAUAAUAAAAAGCUGUUUGUUAUAAAUUUGCAAUCCUAAGGAAGAAUACUGUAAGAACUAUUUGGAUUGGAGUUGAUUAAAGCACUGUAAUAAUCUAUAUUAUUAUUUCUAUAGAAUAUAUAUGAUAAGCAAACAAUUCCUAUAAUCUAACCAGUCUUACCCUUUUGUGUUGGAGAUUACAUCAAAAUUCCAUUUACUUUAUUGAAUCUUUAAGGAUAAGUCAAUUUAUAAAGUAUUAAAUGGAAUAAACCAUAAAUUGAAAAACUUGAUGUAGGCAUUUUUGGAAGUAUCAUUAAUCUAAUCUAUAAUUUAAUAGAUCCCAAACAUGUUUCAAUGUAACCACCUUCUAGAUUCGAACCUAAAGAUGCAGAUUGGACUUUAUUUUAAUACUUUAAUCAUCCAAUGAAGAAAUGCUUUGAUAAUUUUUAGCAAAUAAAAUUAAAAGAGUGUAGAUGUUGUGGUAAUGGAUUAGUUAUAAAUCGUAUGAAUUACACAUGUGUUUCAGAGGGAUAACUUAUGUUUCCAUAAUUAAAUAUGAAAAUGAUUGUUAAAUAGGGUUGUAUAACAAAUCAAAUUAAUCGAGCAACUGUUAGUUAUGAAUUAGAUAAUACUUUAGAAUUAAGAAUAGGAGAUUUAUUAACACUAUACUAUCUAAGAGGAGGAGACUCUUGA